AUGGAACGUUCAAUGAUUGUCACUCGCCUUCAAGCAAGACGACGGAGAAUCGAAGGAGAGGAGAAAGUUUGCAUCCAAUUAAGUUCUUCAAUGGACAAAGUCGAUGAGAUGGUCAAAUUGUUCAAGCGGAAGGUGGACAACCAAUUGGCUGUUAUUCAAGCCACAACUGAUGUGCGAUUGCUACAGAUGAAAUGGUCGGAUUUUAUGGGUAUGGCGAUUGCUGCAGAUGAACGGUCGAAUUUAAUGGAUAUGGCAAAAAAAGCUCCCUUUAAAAACCUUAAUACAAUCAACAACCAAAUCCAAAAGAACCAAUCUUAAAGCCGCGUUAAGUUAUCAAGCCUCCAGAACGUAGCAAGUUUCUGUUUUGUUAAAUGUUUAAAAUGUAGUUUCGCAAGUUCAUAUAAAUAUAGUUUUAAAUCGUUUAUUUACCAAAGAG